UGCUUGUACUAAGAUUCCUAGUUUCUUAACCUUGUGACUUUCUUCUUUCUUUAUGGCUAAGAAAUCGCAUUUCAGCUUUAAAUCGUGAAAUUUUAAAUGGGUUUUUUGUUAUUUAGUUGCAGGUAAAGAGUUUAGUGAGAAAGAGGGACUAAAAAAGGAAUGAUGGCAGGGGAGAGUUCAAGCAGGAAGAUGGGUUUUCCCAAUGACUAUGGCUUCACUGACAUCUUGUUUUCAUGGUCUCUUGAAGACAUAUUCAAUGAAAAUCUUUUCCAGGCGGACAAGAUUCCAGAAUCAUUUGAAUCGGUUAAGCAUUAUUUUGAAUCAUAUUUACUUCCUUUAUUGGAAGAGACACGAGCACAAUUGCAUUCGAGCAUGGAGAUUAUUUCCGAAGCGCCAUUUGCUGAAGUGGUCAGCUUCUCUGAGUGCAAGCCUCAUGAUAAGUUAUUGUAUGAUGUUAAGGUUGAUCACUGGAGAAACAGGUUCAAUGAUCGUGGGAAGGAGCCUUACAAUACAUUGCCCGGAGAUAUUGUUGUUCUGGCAAAUGCUAAACCUGAAACUUUCUCUGAUUUGCAAAGGGUAGGAAGGACAUGGGCUUUUGCAAUGGUUACUAACAUCACAGAGGAUGAGAAUGAGGAUGCUAGCACAUCUACUUAUUUUAAAGUCCAGGCAUCAAAACGUGUUGAAGUUAGGGAGGGGUUGCAGAACUCACUGGUUGUGAUUUUCUUGAUAAAUGCAACCACUAAUAAAAGAAUCUGGAAUGCAUUGCACAUGCAUGGAAACUUGAAUAUCAUCAAGGGAUUUCUGUCUGCUGAUUCUGUGGUCAGGGAAAAUUGUGCCCUCUGUUCUGUUAGGAAGAAUGAAAUCUGGGAUGCAAAAUUUGCUAUGAAUUUAUCAUCAAUGUUGAAUGACUCCCAAACUGAGGCUGUAUUAGCUAGCCUUGAUAAAAUGCAGUGCAAUCACAAGUGCUCUGUGGAACUCAUUUGGGGCCCUCCAGGGACAGGGAAGACUAAAACUGUUAGCAUACUACUCUUUAACCUUUUAAAAAUGAAAUGUAGGACCCUGACUUGUGCUCCAACUAAUGUUGCAGUUAUGGAAGUGGCAACUAGGGUAUUAAAGUUGGCAAUAGAAUCUCAUGAAAAACACUCAGAAGCAGAUGCUUUGAUUUAUUCUGCAGGAGAUAUUCUUCUAUUUGGGAAUAAAGAAAGGCUGAAAGUGAAUUCGGAAAUUGAAGAAAUAUAUUUGGAUUAUCGUGUUGAAAGGCUUAUAGAGUGUUUUGCACCUUUGACUGGAUGGUGGCAUUGUUUGACUUCAACAAUAGACUUUUUUGAAGAUUGUGUUUCUCAGUACAAUGUUUUCUUGGAAAAUGAAUUGAUCAAAGAGAAGGACCGCAAUCUUGAAAGUGAAAACAAAGAGAAAAAAUUCAGCAGUAAAACAGAAGUUGAAUUUGAGGGGAAUAAAUCAUUUCUUGAUUUUGUGAGAGAAAGAUUCAAGUCUACUGCAUUACCUCUGAAAAAAUGUCUCCUUAGUUUAUGCACACAUAUAUCUGAAAGUUACAUUCUGAAACAUAAUCGACAAAACAUUACAUCCCUUGUUGGGCUCCUUGAUAGUUUUGAUUCUUUGCUAUCUCGGGAUGAUGUAAUCUCUGAAGACAUAGAGGAGGUUUUUGCAUGUCCAGAGUUAGUUGAGGAUUAUUCUCAAGGUUUUUCAGAUAUACUAUUGAUGUUGUGCUUGAGGAGAAGGGACUGCCUUUCUUUAUUAAAAUCUCUGCGUAAUUCUCUCAGAGAACUUAAUCUACCAAGUGCAAUGAACAAGAGAUCAAUAGUCAAAUUCUGUUUUGAGAAAGCCUCUUUAAUUUUCUGCACAGCAUCAAGUUCAUAUAAACUGCAUUCAUUGGCAAUAGAACCACUGAAUUUACUGGUAAUUGAUGAAGCAGCCCAACUUAAAGAAUGUGAAUCGGCAAUACCCCUAAAAAUUCCUGGUAUUAGGCAUGCCAUUCUUAUUGGUGAUGAGUGCCAAUUACCAGCUAUGGUGGAAAGCAAAGCUUCUGAUAAAAGUGGCUUUGGAAGAAGUUUAUUUGAAAGGUUGAGCUCAUUGGGUCAUCCAAAACACCUUUUGAAUAUGCAGUACAGAAUGCAUCCAUUUAUAAGCUGCUUUCCAAAUUCAAAAUUUUACUUUAAUGAGAUCUUAGAUGCACCAAAUGUUGUGGGGAAAAGUUAUGAAAAGCAUUAUCUUCCAGGGCCAAUGUUUGGACCCUAUUCAUUCAUAAAUGUGUUUGAUGGAAGAGAAGAGUUGGAUGAUGUUGGACGUAGCCGAAGAAAUAUGGUUGAGGUAGCUAUUGUGUCAAAACUAGUGCAAAGUCUGCACAAAGCAUGGAAUGGCUCAAAACAGAAGCUUAGAAUUGGUGUAAUAUCCCCAUAUGUUGCUCAAGUGACUGCAAUCCGAGAGAAAAUUGGUCACAAGUAUGAAAAUAUUAAUGGUUUUUCUGUGAAGGUGAAGUCAGUAGAUGGGUUUCAGGGUGGGGAGGAAGAUGUCAUAAUAAUAUCCACUGUGAGAGCAAAUAGAGAUGGGAGAAUUGGGUUCAUGUCCAAUCCUCGGAGAGUCAAUGUUGCUAUUACAAGGGCAAGGCACUGUCUUUGGAUUUUGGGAAAUGAAAGAACCCUAACUAAUAGUGAAUCGAUUUGGAAGGAAUUAGUUUGUGAUGCUAAGAAGCGUCACUGCUUCUUUAGUGCUGAUGAAGAUAAGCAACUGGCAAAAACCAUAUUGGAAGUCAAGAAAGAGUUUGAUCAACUUGAUGAUUUGCUCAAUGGAGAUAGUGUAUUUUUCAAAAGUGCUAGGUGGAAGGUUCUUUUCAGUGAAAACUUUAAAAGAUCAUUUGGAAAGCUGGCAUCCAUUCGGACAAAGACAUCUACUCUGAACCUUCUUCUUAGACUUUCCAGUGGCUGGCGCCCUAAGAAGAGGAAUGUGGAUUUUAUUUGUGACUCUUUAAAUAUCUUGAAACAAUUCAAGGUUGAAGGAUUGUAUGUAAUAUGUUCAAUUGACAUACAGAAGGAGAAAAGGUACACUCAAGUUUUGAAGGUUUGGGACAUAUUGCCAGUAGAAGAGAUUCCAAGAUUGGUCAAACGUCUCAAUGGCAUCUUUCAAAGAUAUACGGAUGAUUUUAUUAGUUGUUGCAAUGAGAAAUUUCUAGAAGGAGGUUUGGAAGUUCCCAAAACUUGGUCAACUUCUUUUGAUAUUGUCCAGUUUAAGAGUCUUGUCAACAAUGAAGGGGGAAGCAAUCUGAGUUCUAAUGAUAAAUGUUAUGUGGAGAACUCAAAAGUGAGUGACAGCUUGUUGCUAAUGAAAUUCUACCCCUUAUCCCGUGUAGUUGUAAGCCACUUGCUUUCUGAUCCUGAUGGUCUUGAACUAGAGCUCCCUUUUGAAGUAACAGAUGAAGAACGGGAAAUAAUUCUAUUCCAAAAAAGUUCGUUUAUAUUGGGUCGAUCUGGCACUGGAAAAACAACUGUUUUAACAAUGAAAUUAUUUAAGAAAGAGCAACUUUUCCAUAUGGCUGUUGAAGGUUAUGGUGAAGAGAGUGACAAUACCUCCAAGUAUGCAUUCCAGAGAAUCGAUGUUGAUGAUGAUAUAAAAAAUGUUGAAAACAGUGAUGGUGAGGCUAAGAAUGCUGUUUUGCGCCAGCUUUUUGUGACUGUUAGUCCUAAACUGUGUUAUGCUGUCAAACACCAAGUUUCUCAACUAAAAAGAUUUGCCUCUGGUGGAAAAUAUUCUGCGGGUUGUAUUCCAGCUGAUAAGGAGGAUAUUGAUGAUGCUGCACAAUUCAAAGACAUCCCAGAUUCUUUAAUUGAUAUUCCUCCAGAGUUGUACCCUCUUGUCAUAACUUUCAAUAAAUUUCUGAUGAUGCUUGAUGGAACAAUUGGUAAUUCUUACUUUGAAAAGUUUCCUGAUUUGAGACAGCUUUUGCAUGGUAAAAUGGGAAGUUCAGGCUCUAUUGCAAUGCAAACUUUUAUAAGAACAAGGGAGGUUAACUAUGAGAAGUUUUGUUCAAAUUACUGGCCGCAUUUUAAUGCAAAGUUCACUAAAAAGCUCGACUCUUCUAGAGUCUUUACAGAGAUAAUGUCUCAAAUAAAAGGAGGCUUGAAAGCAGGGGAGUCUUCUGAUGGUAGACUCAGCCGGGAGGACUAUAUUAUGUUGUCUGAGGGUCGGAUAUCCACUUUAAGUAAGAAGCAGAGAGAAACAAUAUAUGAUGCAUUUGAAGAUUAUGAAAAAAUGAAGAAAGCAAAUGGUGAUUUUGAUUUGGCUGAUCUAGUUAAUGAUCUCCAUCAUCGGCUUAAAAAUGAAAAUUAUUUGGGAAAUAUGAUGGAUUUUGUUUAUAUUGAUGAAGUUCAAGAUCUUACAAUGAGGCAGGUUGCACUUUUCAAACACAUCAGCAAAAAUGUGAGCGAGGGCUUUGUAUUUUCUGGUGACACUGCACAAACUAUUGCCAGGGGGAUUGAUUUUAGGUUUGAAGAUAUCAGAUCUCUGUUUUAUAAUGAGUUUGUUUUAGGAUCCAGAAGUGAAGGUAAUGAAAGAAUGAAGGAGAAAGGUCAGUUAUCUAAAAUUUUUCAUUUGAAACAGAACUUUCGAACCCAUGCUGGUGUUCUCAAGUUAGCUCAGAGUGUUAUUGACCUCCUUUACCGGUUUUUCCGACCAUUUAUUGAUGUUUUAGAUCAUGAAACUAGUCAAAUAUUUGGGGAAGCCCCUAUUCUGAUUGAAUCUGGGAAUGAUGAAAAUGCAAUUGUUACUAUAUUUGGGAACAAUGGGAAUAUGGGAGGAAGUUUUGUUGGGUUUGGAGCCGAGCAAGUCAUAUUAGUAAGGGAUGAUUCAGCUAGGAAAGAAACUUGCAAUUAUGUUGGGAAGCAAGCUCUUGUUUUGACCAUAGUGGAAUGCAAGGGCCUUGAGUUUCAGGAUGUACUAUUGUACAACUUCUUUGGCUCAUCACCAUUGAAAAAUAAGUGGAGAGUUAUUUAUGAAUACAUGAAAGAACAGAAUUUGCUUGAUGCUAGUUCUCCAUCUGUUCCAAGUUUUAAUCCAGGAAAACACAACGUCCUGUGCUCUGAAUUGAAGCAAUUAUAUGUUGCUAUCACUCGUACAAGGCAGAGAUUGUGGAUUUGUGAGAAUACUGAGGAGUUCUCCAAACCAAUGUUUGAUUAUUGGAGGAAGAAGGCCCUUGUCCAAGUCAGACAGCUGGAUGAUUCUCUUGCAUUAGCAAUGCAAGUUGCCAGCAGCCCAGAAGAGUGGAAGUCACAGGGUUAUAAGCUUUUGUGUUUGGGCAACUAUGAGAUGGCGACAAUGUGCUUUGAAAGAGCAGGAGAUGAAUAUGGAGAAAAAUUGGCCAAGGCUUCUGGGCUCAGAGCAGCUGCUGAAAAAAUGCAAGCUUCAAAUCCUGAGAUGGCUUCUACCGCCCGCAGGCAGGCUGCUGAAAUUUUUGAGGCCAUUGGAAAAGCUGAGUAUGCUGCAGAAUGUUUUUUCAUGCUAAAGGAGUAUGAAAGAGCAGGAAAAAUUUAUUUGAAAUGUGGCGAUUUUGCUUUGGAAAAAGCUGGGGAGUGUUUCUAUCUUGCUGGAUGUUAUAAAUUUGCAGCAGAAGUAUAUGCCAAGGGCAACCAUUUCUCAAAGUGUUUAUCUGCCUGUACUGAAGGAAAACUCUUUGAUGUGGGCUUGCAAUACAUUCAGUAUUGGAAACAACAUGUGACAGAAGAUAGUUACAUGGUUAAAAGGAGCGAGGAAAUGGAUAAAAUUGAACGAGAGUUUUUGGAGAGCUGUGCACUUCACUAUCACGAGUUGAAUGAUAACAGAGCCAUGAUGAAAUAUGUUAGAGCUUUUGACUCCAUAGCUUCCAUCCGCACUUUCUUGGAAAAUUUAGGGUGCCUUGAUGAGCUUCUUUUAUUUGAAGAAGAAUCAGGCAACUUCCUGGAGGCAGCAAAAAUUGCAAAGCAGAAAGGUGAACUUUUACAUGAGGCUGAUCUGCUUGGAAAGGCUGGACAUUUUAAGGAUGCAUCAUUGCUUAUUCUUUGGUAUGUGUUUGCAAGCUCUCUGUGGUCAUUUGGGAGCAAAGGCUGGCCCUUAAAGGAGUUUACAGAGAAGGUGGAGCUUCUAACAAAAGCAAAGUCACUUGCAAAGAAUGAUUCGAGACAAUAUUACGAGUUUGUGCAUAUGGAAGCCGGAAUUUUAUUGAAUAACCAGUGCAGCCUGUCCACGAUGAAACAACAUCUAAACGCUUCUCAGGGACAGAAGAGUAUAAGAGGUGAAAUAUUAUCUGCUCGAAAGAUUCUGGAUGCACAUCUUAAUUUAAAUGCCUCUAAGUAUGAGUGGGAAAAUGACAUGGUUCUUGAUCUAACAAGGUUCUCAGAAAAUAAAAUUUCAAAAAAUCAGGUUUGUAUUGAGACACUAGUUUACUUCUGGAAUUUCUGGAAGGAUAAUAUUGGGAAAAUAUUCGAGUAUCUGAGAAGUCUUGAAACACAAGACGCUAGUGAAUUCAGAAGUUAUGGAGAAUUCUGCUUGAACUACUUGGGUGUGCGCAGGCAGUUUAAUAUUCUAAAUGCCAUCUAUAUUCUGAUGAUCCCUGAUGCAUAUUGGGUGAAAAAAAUGGAUACUCGAUUUAUGCAAAACAAUGGGAAGUUCAAUUCUCUAGGUGUUCAUCAGUUUAUGUCUGCUGCUCAGAGUUAUUGGUCUGCGGAAUUACUUUCUGUUGGUCUUGAUGUGUUAAUCAAACUUGAAGCUCUUUAUAUCCUCUCAGUUAAGAAUUCCUUCUCUUUCUUCUGCCAGAGCAGGGCUCUUAAUCAUAUCUAUGAAAUAGCGAAAUUUCUUUUCAAUUCCGAGUUUCUGGACCGCAGACACUCCGACAACAAGGCACUGCUUAAAUUCAUUGGCUUGUCAUAUGAACACUUGUUUGGCUGCAUUUAUCCUCUGGACUGGAAAGAAUCAUUGAAAAAGAAUAUGAUUUCUAUGAGGAGAACUAAUAGUUUUAGAAAUUUAAUUAAGGAAGUUGCUUCUGAAGCUGUUAGUGUGAAUAACGAGCUGUCUUAUGGGCAGCUUGGAAGGAUAUCAUUGGCAAUUCUUGGUUCUGGUAAGCCGUGUGAUGAGUUAUAUAAGAAGAUUGUAGAUGGUUUAAGAUGGAAUGCAUCAUGGAUGGCUUUAAUGGAGGAUCUCUGUUUGAACUCAGGGUUCGGAGUCUUACCAGACAAUAACACUGAAAUACCCUUGGAUCAGCUGCCUUUGAAGUUGAAGUUACAUGGAGCUUUGGUAGAUACAUAUAAUGCCAACUGGAGGAAAGAGAAUGACUAUGUCUCACCUGGAGAUUUCCUAUACCUUGUUGAGCGCCAACUGAUUUUGUUAUCUUACUCUCGCGGGUUUUUUCUCACCACAAAAUCUUCUUUUACGGAAUGGCUUAUCUACCUGGAAUGUGAUGGCAGCCAAACUUCCAGUUCGGUGGAACUGGCACCACAAUCUGCCAAUGGCAUCCUGGGGUUUUUAGCCAACAUUGUUCGGCAGCUUCUUUGUAAUAAGAUGGAUAUGAUGGAGUGGAUUAGAAAGUGUCACACAAAUGCAAAGGACUGCUAUGCAUUUGUGAUAUUGAGACUAGUUGUUAUAGCAUGUUUGCUUUCUUUGAACUAUGGUUUGUGUAGGGACUUGCUUUUUGAGUUGCUGGGUAUGAAUUAUAUUACUGAUCAGCUUCCAAGGCAGUUUUAUAAUGCCCUCCAGAACAGGUGGAAGAAACGGAAGUUUCUGAAUGCAAGUGCAGAUUUAAAUGUGCUUGCUGAUGCAUUUCAGAAAAUAGGAAAUCCACUGGUAAUUGUGAGCUUGGAUAAAUCUUGUCCACAAUAUUCAAGCCCAAAUGCCAUAUUUUUGGAUAUGGUUGGCCAAAGCAAAGAAGAUAUGUUCACAAUCUUGUUUCCACAUACCAGUAAAGCUAAUGAAAAUAACAAAGAAAAUGUUGCAUUGGACACUACUAGCCCUUGCAAGGGAGUAGCGUCUCCUGAUGGAUAUGAUCAUGGCAAAGGAUCCAGUCUUAAUGAGGAGAACCUUCCUUGCCCACCUGGCGAGCUGUGGGAAAUACUUGGAGCAUUAAAAUCGAUGAAUCAGGGAGAAGACAAGAGUACAAGGGCAAAUGAUCAAAAAAUUAAGACAAAUAUAGGAAAGAUAAUCCACUUUUUAAGUACUGCAUUGAAUGGAUGCUUGCAGAAGGGCGCUCCUGACAAUGAAAAUGGUAGCUUGUAUGGGGAAGCUGCCAUUCUACUCGAGGAAUUGAAGCAACUGUUUGCUGCAUUAGAUAUGAGUGGUCCGGAGCUUGAGAAUGACAUUUCAAGAAUUGAAGAACUUGUUAGCAAGCUGGAAUCAAGAAGGCCAAGAUUGGAGAAUUUCAUCAAUCAGAAAAUGUUGCAACAAGAUGAAAGCCUUGGAAAGGAGGCAUCAGAUGACAGCAAAUUUGAUGAAAAUGUUAAUAAUGAGGUUAUGAAUAGUGAAAGUUCUGAUAAAGGCAAGAUCAAUGAUUCUCAGGCUACAGUUGCUUCUGGAAACGAAGGCAGCAGUUGUCAUGCAGAAAACAAAGGCAGCAAAAAAAAGCCUAAGAGAAAAGCAGGGAAGGGGAAAGGAGGCCGAAAAAAUAAGUAGCUAGUGGAAAAUUUAAAGAUAUAGGCAUCGUGCAUUUGCAAAUAUAGGUGUAUACGAGUGCAUUGCUCUUCUAUUUCCGUAUGAAGUGGACCAUUAUGCCACUGCAAUAGCUUCAGAAGCUCAGUGCUUUGUUAUUUUCUGUAUGUGGAAGCCUUCUGCAGAAAGUGGCUUAAAAUCUUUGUUUUGAUUUGGUGUUGGUGGCAUAUCAUGCAUGAACACUUCCCUGUAAUUGCAUUUAGGCCAAGCAUAUAUUAUAUCAUCAGGCCUCAGUUGUGGUCAA